AUGAAGGUAUCAGUACAGGCUGUGGCAGUGUGGGGGAAAAUAGCUCCUUCUCACAGCAUCACUGCUAUUAUGAUUACAGAUGACCAGCAGACUAUAGUUACGGGAAGUCAAGAAGGACAAAUAUGUCUCUGGGAUCUUUCAUCAGAAUUAAAGAUUUCAUCUAAAGAAAUUCUCUUUGGCCAUACUGCUUCUGUAACUUGUUUGGCAAAAGCAAGAGAGUUUGAGAAACAGCCAUAUGUAGUAAGUGCUACUGAAAAUGGGGAGAUGUGUGUUUGGAAUGUCACUAGUGGACAGUGCAUUGAGAACGCAAAGCUUCCUUAUAGGCAUACAGCAAUCUAUUAUUACCAUUGCUCGUUCCGAAUGACAGGUGAAGGCUGGCUUCUUUGUUGUGGAGAAUAUCAAGAUGUUCUUAUUAUUGAUGCUAAGACUUUGGGUGUUCUUCACACUUUAUCAUCAUCUCAGUCUUCUGAUUGGGUAACUUGUAUGUGUAUUGUACACUCUGCAAGAAUUCAAGAAGAUUCAUUGGUGGCAGUGUCUGUAACUGGAGUUCUUAAAGUGUGGGACCUAUCUUCAUCUUUGAAUACCAUACAGGAGAGACAAAGUGUGUGCGAGAAGGAAUCAAAAUCUCUGGACUGUAUAAAUUGUCAAGCAGUUCGGUUUUGUACUUACACGGAAAGGCUCCUUCUAGUUGUGUCCUCCUCAUGCUGGCAGGUCUAUGAUUAUUGUGAUUUCUCCUUGCUUUGUACUGAGUUCUGUAAAAGUGGUCAGUGCUUUGCUGGUGGAGAAGUACUAGCAGCUCACAGACUUAUCAUCUGGACAGAAGAUGGCCACAGUUACAUCUACCAGCUGCUAAACAGUGGGCUUUCUAGAAGCAUAUAUCCUGCUGAUGGGAAGGUGCUGAAAGAAACUGUUUAUCCUCAUUUACUUUGCUUUACUGGUGUGAGGGAAAAUAAGAGUUUCCCUUUUGUCAUGGGCUUCAUGAAUGAAAGAAAGGAGCCUUUCUAUAAGGUUCUUUUUUCUGGUGAAGCUUCAGGAAGGAUCACCUUGUGGCAUGUUCCUGAUGUCCCUGUGUCAACAUUUGAUGGUUCACCAAAAGAGAUCCCAAUUACAGCAACGUGGACUCUUCAGGAUAAUUUUGAUAAACACCAUUCAAUGUCAAAGGGCAUUAUUGAUCAUCUUUGUGCAUCUAAAGAUGGAAUCGGAAGUGCAGUUGUCAGUUCCUCUGUAUACAUACCCAGUCUUGAUAAGCUCGUGUGUGGAUGUGAAAAUGGGAAAAUUUUCGUAACACUAGGUUUGAAAACUGCAAGAGCAAGACUUUUAGAAAACAUAUCUCUGCUGAAAGAUAAUCUACCUUAUAAAGUUCUGAACGGUCAUAGUAGCAGAGUCACUUGUUUACUCUAUCCACAUGAUAAAUCAGUAAGAUUUGAUCCAAGCUGGCUGUUAUCAGGGGGCCAGGAUUCUAUUGUGAUGUGCUGGGAUAUAUUUACUGGGGGCAUCUUGCACCAAUUUAGCCUGCAGUCUGGUCCAGUGACAGAGCUCUUGCGAUCUCCAGAAGACUACAAAUUGAAAGAUCACAGCAUAGUGUGCUGUGUGUGCAGUGAUCAUUCAGUAGCAAUUCUACACCUUCAGAAGAAAGUAUGUCUCUUACAUGCCAGAAAGCAUCUGUUUCCUGUGAAGAAGAUAAAAUUUGACCCUGUUGAAAAUCUUCUAAUUGUUGGAUGUGAAGAUGAUUCAGUUUAUAUCUGGGAAAUUGAAACAGGCACACUAGAACGACACGAAACAGGUGAAACAGCAAAAGCAAUUCUUACUUCCAUUGAAGAUUCAGAAUACUUAGUGGCAGAUGCUCUACUUCCUGAAUCUCAAGAGUCAAAAAGAAGUAAAAAUGCUGGAUACAAACCUUCUAGCUCUUAUAAGCAUGGCAUGGUCUCUUACAAUCUUACUCAUACAGAAAAAUCUUCAGAUAAG